UUUUUCAGAGCUUUUAUAUAUUUGGUCCUCUCUUUAUGAAAAACACAUAGCUCUCCCUUUUCCCCUGCCAUGGAUGAUUCAAGGCAGCCACUUCUUUCUCCAAGGCAGGAGGACCAAGACCAAAUACAGUCACUCAAUUCCUUUACCUCGUCAUUCGUCCCUGACGCCGAUGACAUCCCUCCAAUCAAAGAUGUCGGCGAUUUCUUCAGAGAAUUCUAUAGAGAGUCCAAAAAACUCUGGUACCUUGCUGGCCCUGCCAUCUUCACCUCCAUUUGCCAAUACUCUCUUGGCGCCAUCACUCAGGUCUUUUCCGGUCAAGUCGGCACUCUCGAACUCGCUGCCGUCUCAGUUGAAAAUUCCGUCAUUGCCGGCUUUUCCUUCGGCGUAAUGCUUGGGAUGGGAAGUGCUCUGGAAACUUUAUGUGGACAAGCAUUUGGAGCAGGGCAGCUAGAUAUGCUUGGAAUAUAUUUACAGAGAUCAUGGGUCAUUCUUGGCACAACAGCUUCAUUACUUUGCUUGUUAUAUGUAUUUGCAGCUCAACUCCUAAAACUGAUUGGACAAACAGCUGCAAUAUCCAAAACAGCAGGAAUUUUCUCUAUCUGGAUGAUACCUCAAUUAUUCGCUUACGCGAUGAAUUUUCCUAUGGCAAAAUUUUUACAGGCUCAAAGCAAAAUCAUGGUCAUGGCGGUGAUCGCCGCCGCAGCCUUGGUUUUGCAUACUGUUUUUAGUUGGCUGUUGAUGCUGAAGUUAGGGUGGGGAUUGGUCGGCGCUGCGGUGGUGCUAGAUGCGUCGUGGUGGUUUAUUGAUUUGUCGCAGUUUUUGUAUAUAAUUAGCGGAACAUGCGGUAGAGCCUGGAAUGGAUUUUCAUGGAAGGCUUUCCAAAACGUCUGGGGUUUUGUUAGGUUGUCCUUAGCCUCUGCUGUUAUGCUCUGCUUAGAAGUUUGGUACUUCAUGGCAUUGAUACUGUUUGCUGGAUACUUAAAGAACGCUGAAGUUUCAGUGGAUGCCUUGUCCAUAUGUAUGAACAUUUUGGGCUGGACGAUCAUGGUGGCACUGGGAGUGAAUGCUGCUAUAAGUGUAAGAGUAUCAAAUGAACUAGGUGCAGGUCAUCCAAGAACAGCAAAAUUUUCACUGGUAGUAGCUGUUAUAUCAUCGGUCAUUAUUGGUCUCAUCCUCUCUGCCAUUCUCAUAGUUACAAGAAACAUUUAUCCUUCUUUGUUUUCUAAAGAUUCUCAAGUCCAAGAACUAGUCAGAGAGCUAACACCGUUGUUAGCUCUUUGCAUUAUCAUUAACAAUGUUCAGCCUGUUCUUUCCGGUGUGGCAAUUGGAGCUGGAUGGCAAGCUAUUGUGGCAUAUGUAAAUAUAGGUUGUUACUACGUAUUUGGGAUUCCUUUAGGUCUUAUACUGGGUUACAAGCUUGAAUUGGGUGUCAGAGGGAUUUGGUAUGGAAUGAUGUCAGGGACAGCGGUACAAACUUGUGCUCUUUUUUGGAUGGUUUAUAGAACUAACUGGAACAAAGAGGCUUCAAUUGCUGAAGAUAGGAUAAGGAAAUGGGGAGGACAUGCAGAUAACAAAGAGAACAACAUUGACAAAAUAACCUUGUCCUGAGAGUGAAAUGAAGAAAUAAAUGAAAUGAAGAAAAUUAAUAAUUAAUUACCAUAAAUAAUUAUUUAUAUGUUUUCCACUAAGGGUGUUCAAAACUGCCCAUAAACUUUGGUUUUGGAAGAGUGGUGAUUUGGUUUGGUUUGUAAAUUUUUUUUUAAAAAACAAUUUAUAAGAGGAAAAAUUUAUAACAAUUAGUUAAAA